UGUCAUUAACCACCAACGCAACUUUUUCUUGGUAGAAUCCAGAGUGUAGUUUUGACAUAUAUUAUUGUAACAAUUUUUCUUUAUUUGUUGUUUUUCUAAAAAAGAAAAUCGUAAAGGUCAAAAACUGGCUUAGUUUUGGUUAGAAAAGGUCUAAUUGAAAAAACUUGGUUGUUUUUUUUUUUUUUUUUGGACUAGACAGGCUUAUUUUAUUUCGGCCUUUCUUGUUUCUCUACCUUAAAUUAUUAUUGUUCUACUAUUUAGUUGUUUCAAAACUUAAACUGUAUUUAUAUGCUGUUCAUAUUAAAUUAUUAAAAGGAUGGACGAACAGCAAUUACUACAACAAAUCGCCUCCCUCGCUGGUGCAAUUAAUACGUAUAAAAAUCAACAAGGUCAUGCCGAUCCUCCAGAGAAUCAGGCCGCAAAAUGGAAAACAAGGAAGGUUCCUCGUGCUUCCUCUCGAAAUCAGUCGCUUGUUGUGAAUCCUUCUCUAAAGGCCGGCCGGCCAUUGGAUUCAUCUGCACCCUACUCUAUUCCCUCAAAACAUCAUGACCUAAAAAGUAACGAUGCUUCCUCUUCGGAUACUUCUCAGUUUAUAUCCAAAAAGGACCGCCAUAUGCAGCUUAUUCGUAAAAAUAUUUUCGAACUUGACCUACAGGCCCGACAGGCUAGUUUAGAGGCCCAUCGUGAGAAAAUCAAGAAAGAACGAAAAGCGCGUCUCCAAAGCUAUAUACAAAACAAUCUAAAAAGUGGAAGAAAGCAAUUGUUAACUAUAGAUGAGCGCUCCUACUUAGCUGAUUUUUCUGGUAUUAAUUUUUUGGAAUACGUUGAUGAAAAUCCAAGCCCUCCAAAGCACUUUUAUUGGAAUAACAAAGCUUAUUUACAAACAAAGAAAAAUUUGUACAAAGAGGUAGGAAGCUCACCGUCAAGUGUCUACUGCCGAUAUUAUAAUUCUAGUGGCUAUUGUGCAAACGGUUCAUCAUGUAUGUAUUUGCAUGAUCCUACGAGGAGAAUGAUUUGUCCAAAAUUUUUAAAUGAGAAAUGUUCGAAAGGUGAAAUGUGUAGCCUAUCGCAUGAUUUGGACACGAAGCGGAUUCCUGCUUGCUAUUACUUUUUGCAGGGCAAAUGCAACAAUGUCAAUUGCCGUUAUGUCCAUGUACACUAUUCCGAGACUGCACCAAUUUGUUUUGAAUUCGCCAAAUAUAGCUAUUGCGAGCUUGGUACUUCGUGCAAAGAAAAACACGUUCUUCAGUGUAGCGAAUUUGCAAUGAAUGGUUCUUGCGCUAAUCCCCAAUGCCGUUUAUAUCAUGGAACCCUUGAGAAAAAUGGUGAUCGAGAGUCAGAUGACGAGCGAAAAGAUAUAAAAACUUUAGCUACUAAUAAUGCUGGUGUAGAUCAGAAAUCAACAAGUGAGAAUCAGUCAGUAGACGAAAACAUCGAUUUUAUAUCCCUUUAGAUACACUUUAAUAUAGGUUAGUCGAUAGAAUGAGAUGAAUAAUAAUGCGGAAUUAAUGAUAUCAAU